AUGCCCGUCUUGGGGCUCUCCAAGGAAGCGGCGGUGGGCAGCGCGGCCCUGGCGCUGGCCGCCGCCGCCGGCUUCUGGGCAGGCAGAAGAUAUCAUUCAGCAUACAAUACUGGAACCAUGAAAGGCAUCCUAGCCAAAAACAACCCAUUACUGCAGUAUGUCCUGGAUCACUCCUUACGGGAGCAUCCCUCUCUGAAGAAGCUGAGAUUGCUGACGUUGGACCUCCCCCAGAAAGGGAUGUUGGUGUGUCCUGACCAGGCCCAGCUGAUGGCCAACCUCGCACGCCUGAUCAAAGCAAGGAAAGCGCUUGAAAUUGGUGUCUUCACAGGGUACAACACCUUAAGCAUGGCCCUGGUCUUACCAGAAGAUGGCCGGGUCGUCGCUUGUGAUAUCAAUGAAGAUUUUGCCAGUGUUGGGAAACCAGUGUGGAAAGAGGCAGGAGUGGAGCAUAAAAUUGACCUGAGGAUAAAACCAGCCAGCCAAACGCUAGAUGAACUUCUAGCCAGCGGCGAGGCAGGAACCUUCGACUUUGCUUUCAUCGAUGCCGACAAAGAGGGCUACAACGAUUACUAUGAAAAAUGUCUACGGCUUAUUAGGAAAGGAGGAAUAAUAGCGAUUGAUAAUGUGCUGUGGCAUGGAAGAGUACUGAACCCCAGAAAAGACGAUUUGGAAACUCAAAGCCUCCAUGACUUGAACGAAAAGCUGUUCCGUGAUCCACGUGUGAACAUCACCAUGAUUCCCAUGGGGGACGGGGUGACACUGGCGUUUAAGCUCUAA